CAACCAAACAGAUAAAAAAAGAUCAAAAAAACUUAUUAUAGAAUUUUUAGUUAUCUACGAACUUUUGUUUAUAGAAGCAGGAAAUUCAAAGCAGGUCACAGUACUAACACAAAAUUACACUCUUCGACGACACGUUUUUCAUAUUCUCUUCGGUUUUCUCGUUACGGAAUCUCCACCGUUCGAUGCAGCAACUGCUUCUCCGACGACGAUGAUUCCAAUUUUGACGGUUAUCUAUUAGCUACAGCUCCGAUCCUAUCGUCAUCAAAACCCUAGACUCAAACAUUGCUUCUCAAAUUCACAAUCACCGCCUCACUUUGCUUAAUUGCGAUUGAAUUUGAAGAGAUCGAUCGACGAUAAAUGAGGGAGAGUGAUCAUUGGAAAUUAGAAUUCAUAUGAUCACUCUCGAUUUCUAGGCGAAGCAAAAGAAAUUCCGUUUAUUAGUAAGUAAAAGUGUUUUGUAUAAGAUGCAGAGACGGAGUCCACCUAAGCAUAGACACGACGGUACUUCUCCGUUGCCGUUAGGCAUGGAUUGGAGCUCUCCGCCUCGAAAAUGGAAUGGACGGGAUACCAUUUGGCCUCAUGAUCCGAGGGCGGGAUGGAGUUAUUGUGUUACUAUACCUUCUUGGGUUGUUCUUCCUAAGUCGAGAGAUUCAGAUCCUGUCGUGUUUUACAGGGUUCAGGUUGGUUUGCAAUCACCCCAAGGGAUUACAACUACACGAGGAGUGUUGAGAAGAUUUAAUGAUUUUUUGAAGUUAUUUGCUGAUCUUAAAAGAACAUAUCCCAAGAAAAGUCUUCCACCGGCGCCGCCUAAGGGACUACUACGUCUGAAAAGCAGGGCUCUUUUGGAAGAGAGAAGGUUCUCUUUGGAGGAGUGGAUGACAAAGCUGCUAUCUGAUAUUGACUUAUCACGAAGCAUGGCGGUGGCAUCUUUUCUUGAACUAGAAGCUUCUGCGAGGUCUGCAUUUCAGGAUGUAAACCAUCAGUCAUCAGAGGCAACUCCUGCUGCUGAGAGUACAACUUCACUUAAGUUGCCUUCACAUUCAACUUCUUCUCUGGUUGCUGGUAGUUCCACAGUCACAUCAGAUUAUGGCAGCGAUACUGCAUAUGAAACUUCAGAAGUGGGUACACCAAGGAAUGAACCCUUUGAAAUCGGAAUAGAUGAUCCGACGUUGGAUGGAGAUAUGACAAAUCCCAUAGAAAAGCUUGUGAAGUAUGGCAUGUCCAACAUUGAUGAGGGUCUGCUCAUGGGACAGACUAUUCUUGAGCAGCUUGAAGGCUUACCAAGGCACAAAUCGCAUGCCAUACAUGUGAAUAAUGUUGUAGGGAAGGAUAUAAACAAUGGAAAUUCUUCCAGAUUAUCAUUUCUUGCUAGCAAUGGCAUGGAACUUUUCUCUGAGCCAGAGCCUGGCAAGGUUUAUGGUCAUGCUCGAAAAAUAUCUAGUGAUAGUGUUGGAAGUGAUGGAAGUUCUCUAAGAGGCAGCGAAAUAUCAAACUUUGGCUUUCCAAAUUCAUCUGGUGAUGGGUCUCUUGACCUUCCUGGCGGUGCUGACAUUUCAUGUAUGACAAGAAUUUCCAGAAAUACAGAGUUGAAUUUCACAGGUGAUACACAAAUACUCCUCCCGUUGGAUCAGCGUCCUAAAAUGAACAGGUUCCUAUCAACAAUGCAGCAGCGAUUACUCUCAGCAAAAACAGAUAUGGAGGACCUCAUUGCAAGAUUAGAUCAAGAAAUAGCCGUUAAAGAUUAUCUUACGACAAAGGUUAAAGAUUUGGAGGCAGAACUUGAAACUACCAAACAGAAAAAUAAAGAAAACAUGCAGCAAGCUAUUUUGAUUGAGAGGGAAAGACUUACGCAAAUGCAGUGGGAUAUGGAGGAGUUGAGGCGUAAAUCAUUGGAAAUGGAGUUGAAAUUGAAGUCUAAAGAGGAUGACAAUACAAGUAAAGAAAUUAAAUUGGAAUCUACCGAUUUGGGGAAAGACGUGGCAUUGAAGGAGUUGGAAGCUACCAAGAACCAGCUUGAGAGUUUUUCUAAACAGUACACAGAGCUAGAAGCAAAGUCAAAAGCAGAUAUCAAAUUUCUUGCUAAAGAGUUCAAAACCCUCAAAAGUUCCCAGGCAGUACUGAAGGAGGAACUUAGUCUAUCACUAAGAGAGAAAUCUGAAGUUGAGAGAAUUCUUCAAGAGGAAAGAGAAAUAAGAAUGCGAGAGAAAAGUGCUCAAAAGAAGCUGCUAGAUGAUUGCUGGGAUCUUUGCAACCGGCUUAAGGAGUGCAAUCUUAAGCUGUCUAAUGACGAGGAGGAUGAAUUUAUUGUGGAAUCCUCCUUUGCAGAUGCUGUAGAUUUAUUAUCUACAUCCGACGAUCAAGUUAGCCUUCUAUUUGCGGAGGCGCAAAGACUAUUUGAAGAUGAGAAUACUGCUGCAUCUGAUGAUGAUAUGCGGGAACUGCAGAAGAUGCUGGCGGAUAUAUUCACUGAUAAUAUAAAGCUAAGAAAACGGGUGAAUUCUGUCCUGCGUUAUGCUCUAUGUACCGGCAAUAUGUCUAGGAAUAGUGAUGAGGCUUCUUCGUAAAUGGAUCACGUAGAUAGGAGAGUAAUGAGUAGUAGUAAAUAUUUUAAUUUUGUUUUCUUCUUGAGAUAUUUUACUGUGAUCAUUACUGGUAAAUGAAUCACCUGCUUAAAUGGUUGAUCUUACCAAAUCAGCACAUAAACUCGUGUAAUUUUGUUGUUCCACACAUACAGAUCACCCACAAAAGAGUUUUUUUUCUUCUUGUAUUAAAAUAGAGUAGACUUCUGUGCUGUUUUACCAA